AUGAUGUGGAAGUCGUUGCGACUCUCCACUCUCGCUCUUUGUGUGGUACCGAACGUAUUCGCCAUCGACAUAUACCUCUCCCCACCUCCACUCCUCCCAAACCUUCCCAUUGACUUUGUUGCUGACGAUGCAAGUGCUGUCCUAUCCCAGCAUCUUGGAUUAGAGGCGUUCAACGAGCUAAGGGCUGGAAGCCGGACUUUGGAGGAUUUAUUCCAGGUUCAAGGAGAGACGGAACUCAUUGGAGAGCAGAGGCAGAGAAAUGUGCUUUUACUGACUGUCGAUGAAGUUGACUUGAAGGCAAUGAACCUCCCUGGAUCCCUUCGCCAUGUAGCUUCUCUAGAAAGUCCACCGACGCCAUCUUUGGACAGCGUUAUCUCCACCUACCUCCACCAUGCCGCCCACAUUUACACCUCUCUUUUCUCGCCCGCUCCAUCUACAGACUUUGCCGAUACCCUUCAGGCAGGUUAUUCGUCGCAACUCAACUCUAUUUCGACCUUCCUAUCAAAGUCGGAAGAGGCUGCUUUUGCAGCACAAGAACUUGGGGCCCUUCGGAAACUCCGCACUCAAUAUGGAUCCUCCAGUCCAGAAUAUGAGGCUGCACUGGCCGAUACGCACUCCAUGAUUCAACUGGCGAUCUCCCAAGAUGCCAAAAUAGCACUUUUGGCUUUCUCCUCAACUACCUCGACUCCUGUCAAACGUCAAGCCCAACCCUCGCAGGCGCCUUUUCCUUCGCCUAAGCCAGCACCACAGCAACCAAUAGGCAGCAUUGGCACAUGCCAUACAACGCUUGACGCGUGCUCGAACUCGACUUUGAGCUGCUCCGGACGUGGGGAGUGCGUUAGCGCAAGCAAAGCUGGCAGAACAUGUUUCGUUUGUGCUUGCGGGAAAUCAACGAAGGGUGCGGGGAAAACACUCAAGACUGAAAACUGGGUCGGCGAGCGUUGCGAGCGAAAGGAUGUUAGCGGACCAUUCGUCCUUUUAGCAGGUACAACAGUGGUCCUCAUUCUUGUCGUCGCCAUGAGUGUUGGGCUUCUGUAUGGUGUCGGCAACAUUGAGCUUCCCAGCGUACUCAUGGGCGGAGCGGUACACCCUAAGAAAGAUUAG